AUGUAUUUUGCAGCAAUUUUGCUAUGUCGUGGGGAUAGCAUCGCGUAUGAUUUCUACCUCGUCUUCGAUAUAGCCAUAGGUGAAACAGGCUACCGAUUGUUUAAUGGAACUCAUCAGUUUGGAUUCGAUGGUACUGUUGACGGCUCAAAUGGUGUGGUAGUGAUGGUGGAAAAUGGAAAUAUGUCAGGACUGCGAGAAUGCUGGCGAAGUCAGUUCAUAGGUUACACGGGGAAGUAUCAUAUGGUCAUGCCUGUAGAAAUGAUAGAUCGUUCCACCGUUAGAGAUAUUUUACAAUCGGAUUGCUUGGCUGGUAUUAUUGCGUACAAUGUGUCACAAAUAAACCAAACCAAGCCUCUUUCUCACGAUGCCGCCUGCCCAAAUCACAUGAGUGGCUUUCCGAAGGAUGGAUGUGCCUACAAUACCUGGAAUGAGGAAGGUGCUAUCUUACCUGAGGGCUUGCGGAAUAUUGACUGGCACAUACAGUUUCUUUAUAUCUAUAACCAAACUUAUAUCGACGCUCUUAGAACGUGUUACGAACUGUUCAAUCACCCUAUCAACGAAUGGUCAACAGUGACUUUUCCGUUAUGUGGUGCGUCAUUCGGCACAUUCAAUAGAGCUGCGGGAUCGUCUGAAAUUUGUAUGCGGAGGAGCAGGCUGUGGUCAGAAUAUAUCGCCCACUUCACUGGCAGUCCCUUUGCUUUCUGUUCACCUUUGAUGGGUCUCAAUGUUAUUGCCCAUCUUCCUCCGACGGUGCAUAGUAACAAGAAAUCUGCCACAAAUAACGCAACCAGCUCA